CUCGAUUUCGCGUCGAAAUGACAUUCAGUCAGAGCUCAACGAUUGUCAGUGCUAAAUGAAGAAGUGCACACUCCGUCGAAAAUGACUCUAAUGGAAAAAAUGCAGAUUUUAAGCAUUCGAAUAAUCGUGAUUGUGGCAGUUUUUCAACAGGCAAAUGCAAUUGAUGUAAAAUGUGAUCAAACAUUUCCCUCAUAUUGUUUCAUUGGUGCGGCCAUCGAUUUGCAAAGUAGUGCUGAAUUGAAUAUCGUACCAAUGGACCAUUCACAUAUGGUGACACGUUUUGAAAUCGGACCGGUAUCAAAUUUAAAAAAUUUCCCAAAAACAAUCUUCGAAGCAUUUCCACAUCUUGAAGCGGUUACAUUAAAUUCGGCCAAUAUAAAAUAUCUUGCACCGAAUACAUUUGAAAAAGCGAACAAUUUGAAGGAUUUACACUUGAAACUCAACAAAAUAAUGAAACUAACUAAAUCAUUAUUUAAAAGUGCGGAAAAAUUGCAAAGCAUUGAUUUAUCCGGGAACGAAAUAUCGGCUAUUGAAGACGAAGCAUUCUAUGGCUUAAAAAAUUUGCGAACCUUGAAACUGAACGGAAAUCGCUUGAAAAUACUAAAAACACAUACAUUUUCUGGAUUAGAAAGUCUCGAAUAUCUUCAUUUAUAUUCAAAUAAAUUGGAUACCAUUGAGCCACAAGCCAUAAAUCUACCCAAGCUUACGGAAAUUUUUUUCGGCAAUAAUCGUCUUCGUAAUUUACCGACUGAUUUAUUCAUGAGUGCACCAAAUUUGGAACUAACUGAAUUCAGUAACAAUCGAUUGACACACAUUGGCGAUGCGUUCAACAGCUGUCACAAAAUGUUCUCCUUAAAUUUAGAGAAUAAUCCCAUUGAAGAUAUUAGUUUAACAAAAUUUGCAAAAAUGCGUUCACUCUCAAGCUUAUCACUCAACAGUACACAUUUUCAAUUCCCCGCUGAUUUACCAGCCAUAGGGAAUAUUACCACAAGUUCAUCGGUGGAAAGUUUAAAUCUUGGAAAUAAUAAUUUAUCAAACGCAAACAUAUUUGGUCAUUUAGUUAUGUUUCCUGAACUGCAACGAUUGUAUUUAUACAAUAAUAAAUUCAGUGAAUUCAGUGAUGUGAACGACAUAAAAAGUGUGCUGCCGAAAUUGAAUACGCUCGAUUUAAUUGGAAAUAAUUUAAUAAUCAAUUGGCUGCGUGAUAAAUGCGACACAUUUAAGCGAUUAAAUAUCAAUAUUCUCAGCCCACGAAUUAAUUGAUGGAAAUAAUAAUCAUCAUACAAAGUCCAGUUGACAAUUUUUUUCUCUCUCUCUCUCUUGCAAUAUUUGCACGUAUGUUGUUUACGCCUGCAAUUCAAUCGUUUUUUGUGUGUAAAUGUGACUUGUGUGUAUGUACACAUUUUAUGGAUUUUACACAACAGUGCUCUUCCGUGUUGUCUGUUCUUUUUUUUGCAUCGAUGAAAUGUUCAACGAAAAAUUAGUCAAAAUAUUGAGAAAACGUGUUUUUUGGUUUAUGCAUUAGUGAAAACUUUUACAAUGCGCCAGAUUUUUGAAAUGUAUUCAUGUGUGAAAAACAAACUACAAUAAUUUGUCGUCGUAAAUAGGCAACAUUUAGAAUGUGUUAAAAUAAAACACUUGGCAUUUUAAUGCCACUUCAACUGCAUUGUUAUUACGUCUGUACGAGUUUGAGUAAUAAAAGAAAAGACUGUAAAAUGCUUACCGCUGCUGCUGCUGUUGCUGCUGUUGUCGCUGUUGCCGCUGCUAUAUUAACAAAAUGUCUCGCACGACAGCGAAAAUAAACUCACUAUCAUAAGUGUCGGGAUUUUUCCAAAUUGACUUUGAACACAUAAAAGCUUGAUGAAAAACGAUGCUACAUUUUGUACCGAACGUGACGUAUUAUUCUUAUUGUUUUCGAAUUAGAAGGACUUCGGUUUUAUGUACGACGUACUUAGAAAUUCUAUUUUGAACUUUUAGUGGCACACAAAAUGUAAAAACAAAAUUGUCUAUUGACUUCAUUCAAAGUUUUAAAAAUAAAGACAAAAGAGAAACGACAAUAAAAACCAAUUUGAAGACAAAAACAAUAUCAUUGAUACGCAAAUCCUUGGCACGACAAAAAAUACACCAAAUAUAAAGUGAAAAAGUGAACAUACAUUUCAAUUUAUUGAUUUUAA